AUGGUUGCUAAGAGGAGAACGACGUUGAGGAAUAAGGCGGCUGCCGCUGCGGUUGCUUCGAAUGCCAACAAUGAGGAUGUGGAGAAUAUUGUAGUGGAAACUAGUCCGAGGCCGUUUCUGCAUCAGCCUAGGGAAUCUAAGAAGGACAAGCAGAAUAAUAAGCAGCAGAACUUUCUAAACAGAGUUUUGGCGAAAGCUACGGGACAAGAUCAAUUCGCUGGGAUAUCAAAGUCUGCUGUAAGGCGUCGAAAGAGGAAGCUGCGGGAGGAUUUGAAGCCCAAGAUGGGCGAUCUUUUGACCUCGUUAGGGCAGGAGGAUGAUUUAAAAGAGCAUGUGCAAGAGGAAAUUGUUGAUGAGAAAGUACAGGUCGAGGAACCAAGGAGAAAUGUGACAAAGAUUGUCUCGAUUAAAAAUCAGGACCAUGCAGACCCAGGUUUUGUCAAAAUACGGAAGAAUGAACCCAAUAUAAGGAAUCAAAAGGGUGCUAAGGUGCUGUCCAUCAGGGAAACCACUAGAAUGAAUAAUGUUCUGCAUAACGCUAGCUUUCAACAAAAUCCUUUUGGUGCAUUGAGAGAUGUGAUAAAGAUGCAACAAGACGGGAGUUAA